CGUUAAUUAGUGAUCUGUGCAAUCCGAGAUUGAUCAGACUUGAUUAAUGGAUUGAUAACUUACAAACUAGUGUUACAAUUCCAAUGGGAAUUGGAAGCAAAGUUCAAACCAGUGUCAUAUGACUGCAGGGGAUACACUGUAUAUAACGAAAUGGGUAUAAAGACUAGUCCCAAAUGACAAAGAAAAAUGAAGAUCAUUUGUUUGAUUUUUGUCCUGACCUUGUCCUGUGCUAUAGCUAGUGAAGCUGUGACAUACUCCACCCUCUCUGUUAAUCAAACCAAUUCAACCAAUCACACAGCUGAAAAAAUUGAAAAACAUCCAGAGGGUGUGGUUUUGGUGGAGAUCCGUUAUGAAGCCAUAAAGGAACCAUUUUUUCUUACUUUGGUGGUCUUAAUUGCUGGUCUUAGUAAAAUUGGAUUUCACCAUGCUGAUUUCAUAUCUUCAUAUGUCCCAGAGUCUUGCCUCCUGAUCAUACUUGGAACUAUCUUUGGAGGAUUGUUCAAAUUGAUCGGGGUUAGUGCGAGUUUGCCAGAUUUCUUCACCCCUGAGAUUUUCUUCCAAUAUCUACUUCCACCAAUAAUACUAGAGGCAUCUUUCAGUCUCUUUGACAAAACAUUUGCAGACAACCUUGGAAGUGUUCUGAUUUUGGCAGUAAUCGGAACAACAAUAUCAUGUUUCUUAAUUGGAUUGAGUUUGUAUGGCCUGAUGAUUGCUGGAGCUAUGGGAACAGUGUCCCAGAUUCCAGCGAUACAGAUAUUUGUGUUCUCCUCACUCAUUGUGGCUGUUGACCCAGUGGCAGUGCUGGCCGUUUUCACAGAGGUCGGAAUCAACCCCACCCUGUACUUCUUAGUGUUCGGCGAGUCUCUGCUCAACGAUGGUGUAACUGUGGUUUUGUAUAAUGUAAUGCAGACAUACAACAGAUUACAAGCAGAAGGGGGGACAAUUGAUGCCACACAGGUCGUGCUGGGAAUUGUUAAGUUUUUUAUUGUUGUCAUUGGUGGCCUUGUUAUUGGGAUUUUAGUUGGUUGUUUAUCAGCUCUGCUUACAAAGUUCACAAACACUGUCAAAGUUGUUGAACCUUUAGCAAUAUUUGGAAUGGCUUAUCUCGCUUUUCUACUUGCUGAAUUAUUUGAGUUUUCUGGAAUUAUAUGUAUUAUUGGAUGUGGCUUGGUACAAGUAGCUUACUCCUUCCAGAAUAUUACUCAAAAAUCCCGAGUAGCAAUCAAGUAUUUCACCAAAGUACUAAGUACUACAUCAGAGAUUAUUAUAUUCCUGUUCCUGGGGCUAGCCCUGGUCACAGAACAUGACUGGCAAACCGGAUUCGUCUUGUGGACCCUGGUGCUCUGUAUAGGUUUCAGAUUUCUAGUUGUCUACGCCAUAACAUUCUUGAUUAACAAGUUUGACACGUACAGAGUUCGGAAGAUAGGAUACGAUGAAAUGUUUAUCAUGAGUUAUGGUGGGCUUCGUGGAGCCGUCUGCUUCUCGUUGGUUGCGCUACUGGACAAGAAUGAAUUUCCAGAAAAGGACAUGUUUGUCACCACAACGCUGUUUGUGAUCCUAUUCACGGUCUUCUUCCAGGGUGCCACUAUCAAACCCAUUGUUAAUGCCUUACGAGUGAAACUGGCUCCUGAGGACCAAAGUCCAACUAUGUACACAGUUCUUCAUGAAAAGAUAAACGAUCACCUGAUGGCUGGUGUUGAAGAAGUAUUGGGAUACCUUGGAAAGUUCCAGCUUAGAGAAAAAUUUCAUUAUUUUGAUGACCAUUAUGUUCGAAAACUAUUGCUGAAAAAUCCUAAUGGAGAAGAUGGAGCAGAACUAAUAGUAAAUUAUGAGAAACUUGUAAUGAAAGAACAUUUCAAGAAUCUACAUCUUUGUGGAGCUGCUAAUAUGCCAAAAGUUCCCAGUGACCUGAAAAAUGUAGAUAGUACAGCCAUUUUACUGAAAUUAGAAGUUGAUGAAGAUGAGGAUGAAAAGAGUACAGAUAAUGUCCCACCCGCAGUAUUGAGACCACACGGUGAUCGUGUUGUAACUUAUGGAGGAGAGCAGCCUUCAGCUAAAUAUAAUCGGAGCACAUCCUCGAGCCACCCGAUUUCUAUACAAAUAGGAGGAGAGCAGCCUUCAGCUAAAGACUUUAGGAACAUGUUAAAUGACUCUAUGCGGACUCCUUCAAUGCUGGUUCCAAACAAGAGGUUUGAAGACCAGAUAAAAGAGGCUCCCAAGUUUGAUUUUGAAAACUUGAAAUUCAGACGAAGAUUUAAUAACCGCCUGCAACGAAUGAAAUCCAUAAGGAAAAUGCCAGAAAGAGCACUUUCUUGGGCCGAAAGCGAUUCUGAUCUGUGUCGAGCAAGAUCAAAUAAUCAUAAAGCAGGUCGAGCACAGAAAGCUAUGACAAUGGACUAUUCUCCCAUGGAGGGGGAUAGAAGUUUCGACACUUCAUUAGUGAAUCAAACAAUUCCAGAGGAUGAUGUCUUCGAAAAGGAGCAUAGUGCUGAGGAUAAACCACUUUUGAAGGAUGACACUGACUCUAAAGAACCAAAGCAAGAGGAUCAGAGUACACAGGCAGCCAAAAAACUUACCCAUGAUGCUCUUCACCGCCAGGACGCUGUGGAUAAUAUCCCACUGUCGAACGUCCACGUUCAGAGAGCGAAUUCAGAAUGAUGAUUAAAUAGAUUCCCAAUAUAGCUCUUAUAAACUUAAUAUUAUUUAUGAAAAUACAUGUUGAGAUAUGCUCCAGUGAAAGGAUUUCAAAUAUGAUGUGCAUGCUUGACUUCAUUUUAUAUCAUUUCAGUAGUAAUUAAAGUUUACUAAUUUUUCUGUUAUAUUUAUAGACUAAUGAGAGUUUUAAUGGUUUUUAUUUAUGCAGUAGUGGAUAAGCUCAUAUAAAGUAUUAAUAUAAUGUAGGUCUGCCAAAUUUUCUCAAGGUUUUGCAUUGGUUUUUACUCGCAGGAAUUCUCUCUGGGGGUCAUAAUUUAUUUUCAUUUUCAAUAACUUAUGCAACUGAUUGUGCGUGUUGUUUCAAAUCAUGAUAUUUUGAGCAAUUAUUGUUGGCAAUAAAGUACUUAUUUAAAAUAAAACGUUUAUUCAAUAUCCAACGGGUGAUAGAGCUCUAGGUCUCAGCUGAUAUUCUUGAAUUUUGUCUACAACUUUUUUUUUUUUAAACAUUUAUUUUGUUUGAGUGAUUUUCAUUAUAUAGUUAUUAGUAUAUAGAAACUAGGAUAUUUUAAAAUCAUGUACAGCUUGUGUGCUAGUUAUUAGGCUCAGUUAAUAUUCUGGAAUUUUGUUUACAACUUCUUUUUUUUUUCUUUGUUUAAUAUUUAUUUUGUUAGAAUUAUUUCAUUCAGUAGUUAUAUAGAGCCUUGGGUAUUUUAAAAUAAUGUACAGCUUAGGUGCUAGAUACAAUAUUUAUGUGAUGCUAAUUGAUUUUAUAGGUGACAGAUGUAAAAAGUAUAUUUUGUAGAAGUAUUUCUAUUUAUUGUAUUACUUAAACAUAUCCAUGUAUAUACUUGCCGAUGUGUAUCUGAAGAAUUUGGAACUAAAUGAUAUGCAUAACUGACUUAGAAUAAAUCGUUUAUAAAAAUGUAUGGCAUGGCAUGUAUACAAAGAACUAAAUUUAGUUUAAGUUUAUGGACUGUAAACCUUUGUUUACAAAUCGUAAACUAUAGUUAAAUAUUCGUUAGCUCUAGUUUUCAUCUGUAAAACAAUAUCUAAUGGGUGUAAGCUGUAGAUAACAAAAGCUUUUCUAAGUUCAUCUGUCUAUAGAUAAACGUUAACAAUAGAUUUUGCUGAUGAAUAAAGAUUCCCGAUUGUAAACUGUAUUUUACAUUCGUUAACUGUAGUCAAGAGUUGUUAGUCAUAGUUUUAGUAUAUAGUGUACACUCCUGAAACAUAAAUGAUCGCAUUAACAAUGGUUUACAGAUGUGGAAUAUAUAUUACGUAAACUAUAGUUUACUGUAUGUAAUCUACAGUUAGCCUCUGAUUAACCUAAUUGACUGUGAAACUAUGUUUAGCUCAUUUUUUUCAUAGAUUUCAAUGCUUUACAUGGAAGUAGAUUGGUUUAUAUCAAAACAAAAGCAAAGAAAUAUAAAAAUUUAAAUGAAGAAACACGUUUUUUAAUUGUGAGUAUUACAUAAUCUGAUGGUAUCUCUUUAUAUAGAAGUGUUUCUAACGUGUCUAUUUACAAUCCCACUCAAACAUGGAUGGUGUAAGACCUUUGUAUUAAUACUCAAGUUCGACACUUUCAUUGAAUAACAAAUCACAAAUGCAAUGUAAACAACCUACCGCUUUAUCAAUGCAUAAUAAAACCGUUACAUGUAUAUUCAAUAUGUAUGUCAAAUAAAAUGACUGGUUAGUAUGUAUGUUUUGUGCCAUAUAUGUAUUUUGGAAUUGUGUUAAACAUAAAGCUUACAAAAAGUGCACUAUAUUUAUCAUAUAUGGCAAUUAUGUUAAUCAAUUAAGUGCUAUAAAAUGUGUUAAUACAGCAAUUAAAAUAAAGGCUCUACGAUGUACAUGUAAAA